CCGCGUCUGAGGGGUCUGAUCUCUAUUUAAGACCUCCAUCCUUGCUUUGAAAGAACAAAGUUAUUAAGAAAACAGAGAACAAAAAAAUGGCUUCAUCUCUUGCUUCUCUAUCUCUCCUGAUUGUUUUCUUAAUCGCAGGCGAGCAUGGGCUCGGCGUCUUAGGCCAGCAAUGCGGCAGAGAUAGGGGAGGAGCCGUGUGCGCAGGAGGUCUUUGUUGUAGUAAGUGGGGAUUUUGUGGAAGCACUAAUGACUACUGUGGUGAAGGUUGCCAGAGCCAGUGCACUGGUGGUGGCGGUGGCGGUGGCGGUGGCGGUGGCGGUGGAGGUGGAGGUGGAGGUGGAGGUGGCGGUGGGGGUGGUGGUGUUGCUUCUCUUAUCUCACAAUCUCUGUUUGAUCAAAUGCUUAAGCAUAGGAAUGAUGCUGCGUGCAAAGGAAAUGGCUUUUACACUUACAGUGCAUUCAUCACUGCUGCCAAGUCAUUUCCUGCAUUCGGAACUACCGGUGAUACGGCGACCCAAAAGAGAGAGAUCGCAGCUUUUCUUGCUCAGACCUCGAAGGAGACCACUGGUGGAUGGGCAACAGCACCUGAUGGACCUUACGCAUGGGGCUAUUGCUUUGUGAAUGAGCAAGGAGGAAGUGAUUACUGUCAACCUAGUGCUCAGUGGCCUUGCGCUGGCGGCAAAAAAUAUUACGGCCGAGGACCCAUACAAAUCUCUUGGAACUAUAACUAUGGUCAGGCUGGGAAAGCCAUAGGCUUCGACGGCAUCAGCAACCCAGACGCCGUGGCCACCGAUGCGGUCAUCUCAUUCAAGACUGCCUUUUGGUUUUGGAUGACGCCGCAGCCUCCGAAGCCCUCAGCACACGAUGUCAUCACCGGCCGAUGGACACCAUCAGCGGCAGACCGCUCAGCUGGUAGGGUCCCGGGCUAUGGUGUCAUCACCAAUAUCAUCAAUGGUGGCUUGGAAUGUGGCCAUGGAAGUGAUGCAAGGGUGAUUGAUAGAAUUGGAUUCUACAAGCGCUAUUGCGACCUCAUGGGUGUUCCCUAUGGUGACAACCUUGAUUGCUACAACCAAAGGCCCUUUACUAGUUAGAAGGAUCAGACCUUUUUAUGGCCUUGUGUUUCAAAUAAGGAAAUAAAUUCUGUGGAAUUUUAUAGUUAGAAAUUCCAGACCUUGCCAACAGGCUUAUAAAUAAUAAAAGAGAUGAUGCCUUUGCAUCACAUGGUGUGGUAGUUUA